GUCAGAGAGAGUCAUGAGUGUUCCUUGUGGCAGAAAGCUAGUCUUUUUCCUUAUUGCUUCGAUCUCCCUUUUCGUCGACACGGUGACAGGCCACCGUCACGAUGAAAAUCAAGCGAUUACGGACAACGAGAAGGAGGUAAAAAUUGGAGUGUUACUCCCCAUGACUGGUUACUGGCCAAUCGGGAAAACUUCAGCCUCCGCCAUAACCAUUGCUGUUGAUCGGAUAAAUGAAGACCAAACACUAUUACCUGGCUAUAAUAUGACUUUUCUGUGGAACGACUCUAUGUGUCUAGCUGCGGAAGGUCUGAAUCAAGCAGUGGAAUUCCGAAUCGCAGGUGUGGACGCUAUUAUUGGAGAUGGAUGUGAUAUCAUCUGCGGACCGGCCGCGAUUUUAGCCUCCUCGUGGAAUCUUCCGAUGGUUUCUUGGGGAUGUGAAUCGCCGACGCUAUCAGAGAAAAGCAUUUACCAGACGUUUGCACGAACUGUUGGGUCCUUCUCAAAAAUGGGAAAAUUGUUUCUGUCGGUAUUUCGCUAUUUCAAAUGGAAGAGCAUCGGAAUUUUGGCAUCGACCGAGAGUAUAUGGCAACUGGCUAUGUCGGGCUUGAUGAAAGACUUUCUGGAGAACGACAUCGAGAUUAGAUACUUACACACUCUUAGUCCAGGGCAUGUUUUGGUGACAGAAAGAGAGGAGUUUAAAAGCACGCUGUUACACGCCAAGGAAACGGCGCGAAGUAAGUGGACGCAGAAAUAA